AUGACAGUGGAUGCUUUAAAGAAGAAGAACUCUGAUUGUAGAACACUUACACUGAAUGGGCAUGUGGGUUUUGUUAGUCUGCCCGACCAGAUCGUCGAUAAGUCCAUUAACGAGGGAUUCAUUUUUAACAUUCUCUGCGUUGGUGAAACUGGGUUGGGGAAGUCUACUCUCAUAGAAACUCUUUUCAACCAGAAGUUUGAUUUUACACCCUCCUCACAUGAUUCGACAGACGUAAAGUUGAAGUCUAAGACAUACGACCUAAAGGAGGGCAAUGUAAAGCUAAAGUUGACUGUCACCGAAACUUGUGGUUUUGGCGAUCAAAUCAAUAAGGAAAACAGUGCCGAUAGCGUCGUGGAGUUUUUGGAUCAGCAGUACGAAAGCUAUCUGCAAGAAGAACUCAAAAUCAAGCGUUCAAUGCAUACGUAUCAUGAUACACGCGUUCAUGUUUGUCUGUACUUCAUUGCUCCAACCGGGCACAGCUUAAAGUCGGUGGAUCUUGUAGCACUGAAAAAGCUGCAGGACAAGGUGAACAUAAUUCCGAUCAUUGCGAAAUCGGACACCAUCACAAAAGGAGAGCUUUCAAAGUUUAAGGCGAAGGUAAUGUCAGAGGUGAAGGCGAACGGCAUUCAUCUCUAUCAAUUUCCAACCGAUGAUGAGAUGGUGAGCGAGUUGAACGAUAGCACAAACAAGAUGCUACCUUUCGCAGUGGUGGGCAGCACCGAGGAGGCCAAGGUGAAUGGACGUACCUUGCGUGUUCGUCAAUACCCUUGGGGUUGUGUGCAGGUCGAAAACGAGGCGCAUUGUGACUUUGUGCGUCUGCGUGAGAUGCUAUUGCGGGUGAACAUGGAGGACUUGCGCGAGCGAACGCAUACGGUGCACUACGAGACGUAUCGGAAGCGGCGUCUCUCGGAGAUGGGAUUUAGGGAUGAUGAGAAGAUAUCGUUGCAGGAGACGUACGAGAAGCGGCGCGAGACGCAGCAAAAGGAGUUAAAGCAGAAGGAGGAGGAGAUGCGUCAAAUGUUUGUCCAACGUGUGAAAGAGAAGGAACAAGUUCUCAAGGAGACUGAACGCGAGCUGCAGGCGAAAUUCGAAGCGAUAAAGAAGCAACAUGCUGAGGAGAGGAAGAAACUGGAAGAGAAACGUCGCAUUCUCUCCGAGGAGAUGGCCGCUUUCGAGCGACGCAAACAACUAGCAGAGCAGGCGAAACAAGGCAAUCUGUCCGGUGCCGCAUCCGCUACCAUGAAAAAGAAGAAGUAA